UUGAGGAAAGGAAGCCAAUGUCAUGAUUUAGACUUGUGGAGUCUGAAUCCCAGUUUGUGUGAAGGCAGACUUGUUCAAAGGGAAUGCAUGCAAUGCUGUGUCUCCUCUCUGACCAGAUGUUGGUGGAAGGUCAGGCUGUACCUAAACUGACCAUUGCUGGACGCUACAUAUCACCCCACAAAAUAGUCUGUAACUGUUGUAAUCGGCAUACAUCUAUAACAUGUAACAUGUAAGAGCAGUUUUAAUGGGUUGUGUCAUUUAAGUGAAGUCCAGCAGGCAGAUUUCUUAUAUUUUACAGAUGUUUCUUUUGUUCUAGCAUGGGAAAGUUUGAAUGUGGGCUGAGCUUUUUUCUGUUUAAUGUAGGGGCUUCCAGGAAAGUAAACCACUGGUCUGCUGCACAGAUCGCUUUCUCUUCUUUUUUUAGGGAGACACAUUACAGCCAAGUUCACCCACUGAAUGAAGAUAAAAUUGAUAUGUUGAGGUUUUAAGGUUAUUUUAGGCUAAUCUUCUUGUAGUUGUGAUCUUAUUAUUGUCGAAACAACAAAAACCGUCCCGUUGGCUGGUUGUUCAGGCAGCAAAUGCAACAUGCUAUCACAAGGUUGCAUCUACCGGUUGUUUUUGCAGAUGCAGUAAAGAUUUGCAUUCUUGUGACAAAACAUAGUGACCACAGUAAUUAGAAAAGUAAAAAAAAUAAAAGCCAUUAAUCAAAGAUGCAUCAAAAGGGAGAACAUUCACAAGUGGAGAAACUUUUGCACUUAAACACGAGGCACUGCUGUCCAACCUGAGGACGUCUGAAGGGAGACAUUUAUUAAAUCAACAAUGUUAAUUAAUCAUUUAGUCUUGUCUGGGUUGUAAUUUCCCUUGGUAUCAAUCUUGAAUUGUACUAAAUCGUCCCUCUGCAUACUGAGACUGACAAAGAGAGCGAGUGACAACAAGGAACUGAGAUUAUUAUCUGCAACAAAACCUUGCGUGAAGUUUUCAGCUCAUAUGUGACUUAGUGAGUCACUUUGUCUCCUUGUGGCUUCCUGUAAAGUGUGGCCAUCCUGUUUCUCAUCUCACAGCCUCAGAUUCACUCUUUAACCUCGGCUGGUAGCGAACUGUUCUUAACUUUGUGAAAUCCCUCGACGGGUUCGGCGUGACUGACUGUAAUCACUUUGCAAAACAUGACCGGAAAGGUGCUGGGAAUAGCGUUCCCUCUACUGCUCUUUUCCUCUGUUAUCCAAGGACUCAAGCACGUUGAGUUGAUCCACAAGGAAGCAGUGGAAGCAGUAGAGGGCCAGAACGUCUCCUUACCUUGUUUGGUGAAAAAUGUUAGUGGUCUAAAUGUCGUUAGUCUGGAAUGGAAAAAGGAUGAAACUAAGCUGGGGAUGUACAACUCAGCCCAUGGACACUAUUAUCACUGGUCCAAUGUGACCAUUCAGAUUAAGCAGGAUGAAGCAAAAAAGUUAUCGGGGUCCCAUCUGCUCCUUCUUCACGUCAACAAAUGGGACAGUGGUGUUUAUGUUUGUGAAAUCACAAGUUUUCCUUUGGGCUCCUUUAGAAAAGAAACCAAUCUAACAGUCAAAGAGGAAAUCAAAUUGGCAUGUGAAGUGGACGGUGGUAUCGAGGUCAAUUAUGGAGAAAAUGCAUUAAUUCACUGCUCUGUUUCAUCUAAUGAUGCUCAGUACAGGUGGACCAAGAAUGAGAACGUGGUGUCAGACGACGCAUCACUGAAGCUGUGGUCGGUGACAGGUGCUCAUGCAGGGGCCUAUAAACUCACAGUCAACACGGGAGGCAAAACUCUGCAUAGAGUUUUCACUAUUGUUGUGCUAAGCGCGACCACAGAUCCCGUGACAACACCAGAAAAAAGUCUUACUGACUCAGCACACUGCAACCGUACAACGUUCCAAAGCACCAAACCUCUAACUCCAGGAAACUUGACCACUCCUCCAAAUCUCAGCAAUGUUCCAGUCACAGCAAAGGAGGACAUGACCUCCUCAACCAGCAUCCCAUCACCUCCCAACACACACUCUAACUCCACCGACGUACUCAACUCCACUGCAUCGUACGAGGACACCACCGAGUUCAGAUCAACACAGGAGAUGACCAACAAAAAGAUGAUGACUGAGGCCACGCCUCACACUCCAGAACCAGCAGGCGUUUUCUCAGAGAGCACAGAGGAGUCAAGCACCGUCGGAAACAUUAAAGAAUCCUCUGAACAUCCUCCGAAUUCAACCUCAUCUACGAGCAUUAAAAUCACAGAGCCUGACAUCGAGAACAAGGGUACCAGAUGGAGUCAGCUGUUCUUGGCGUUAAUCAUCGUUUCGCUGCUGUUAGUGAUUGUCGUGGUCGGCAUUCUCAAGAUGAGGCAAAUCCGACAGAAGAGGAUGGACUUUCCACCUCCGUUCAAACCUCCCCCACCUCCAGUCAAGUACACAGCAGCCCGCCAGUACGAGUUCUCGAUGCAGCCCUUUCCUAUAUCGAGGUGCAACUCGAUAAUAGACCCAAAAGAUAUCAGAACGUUGUAUACGUAGAUGCAGCUGCUCAGAAUUUUGUUUUUGCACUUGCAAGGAUUUGCUGAAGGUGGUUUCCUGCAUGGGUUUCAUGCUUUUAUCUGCAGGCCGUUUUAAACUGCAGUCACAGGAACUGAUGCACAAUGUGUUUCUGUUCAAAACAAGUUUUUCCAUAAGAAUCAGAUCAUAAGUCUUCAUAUGGAAACUUGAGUAAAAAGAGUUUUUGUUUGUAGUUACAUUGAGUACUUUUGUGUUUUUUGUUUGUUUUGGUCAUUCUGAAUAUGAGCUUUGAGGUGUAUCUGUUUUGUGCAAAAUGCAUUAAAACAUUUUUUAUUGCUCCAA